AUGGACUUAACGCUACUUGUGACUUUGCUGCUACCAGCAGAUCAGGCCUUGCCCUUUGACGAAGUAAGCAAAGAUGUCCCCGAUGAAAGCAAAGUUCAAGAGCAAAAUGACAAUCCUCAUAUUCCCUUACGUCUCACAAGGCAUUAUAUUAAGAAGAAGAAAUGGGGAGCCUUGAAAAAAGGAGAGAAAUCCGGUGGCGUCUGUGUCUUUAAAUGCUUACUCAACAGAGACACUGAAUGUUGCCGCGUGGGCAAGGAAUCCAUCUUGAUUACUCUGGGAUAUAACAGUGCUUUGCUGAAGUUUGAAUCUCCAACUGAUCUCAGCUCAUUUUCAAAUACCUUGAAAAGAUGCCGGAAUGAGAAAAAGGAAUCCUCAGUGUUCAGCCAGCGGACAGAAGAGGCUUCUGCUGUGCAGUACUUCCAGUUUUAUGGCUGCAUUUCCCAGCAGCAGAACAUGAUGCAGGAUUUUGUGAGGACAGCCACUUACCACAGAGCCAUCCUCCAGAACCACAUUGACUUUAGAGACAAGGUUGUUCUAGAUGUUGGUUGCGGAUCAGGAAUACUGUCAUUUUUUGCUGUGCAGGCUGGAGCUAGGAGAGUGUAUGCUGUUGAAGCCAGUUCAGUCGCACAAUAUGCUGAGAUGCUGGUGAAAAAUAACCACCUUUCCGACAAGAUCAUUGUUGUGCCAGGGAAAAUUGAAGACAUCUCUCUUCCUGAGGCUGUGGAUGUGAUCAUUUCUGAACCGAUGGGUUACAUGCUGUUUAAUGAAAGGAUGCUGGAGAGUUACCUUCAUUCCAAAAAAUGGCUGAAAGCAAACGGAAUGAUGUUCCCAACAUUCGGCGACAUCCAUUUGGCCCCCUUUUCUGAUGAACAGCUCUACAUGGAACACUACUCCAGAGCCAACUUUUGGUACCAGCAAUGCUUCUAUGGGGUCAACCUGUCCAGUCUCCGGGGGGCUGCAGUGGAUGAGUAUUUCAGACAGCCAAUAGUAGACACAUUCGACAUUAGGAUUUUGAUGGCUCGGACGGUCAAAUACACAGUCAACUUUAUGGACGCAGAAGAGGCAGAUCUCCACAGAGUAGAAAUCCCCUUUGUGUUCCAGCUGACGCAGUCUGGCCUCGUCCACGGCCUGGCGUUCUGGUUUGACGUGGCCUUUGUCGGAUCUCUGGUAACAGUUUGGCUGUCAACAGCCCCAACUGAGCCUCUGACUCAUUGGUAUCAGGUGCGGUGCCUUCUUCACACUCCUCUCUUUGCCAAAGAAGGAGAGACCCUCUCAGGGAAAGUGCUGUUUGUAGCCAAUAGACGACAGAGCUAUGACAUUCAGAUUGUGGCGCUGGUAAACCAGACAGGCUUCAGAUCUGGGAACAUCCUCGAUUUAAAGAAUCCUUUCUUUAGGUAA